CCAUUCGUUCUUUCUCUUUCUUCACACUGUAAUCUGGAUUCGCUUUCAUCACUAUGCCUUGUUGGUCUACAGGUAUUCUUUCUUGUUAUAUACACUCCUAAAUGCCUUCAUUAAAGCCCUAAUUUCACUGUAAUUUGUUUGUAGAAAUUGUUCACUUGUCUUAGUGAAGUGUGGAAUAUGUUGUGCUUUAGUGAUUUUUCAAGGUUAUAACAUGCUGUAUUGAGUUAAUUUGAGUUUUUAUUGUCUUAUUCUUUCUGGAUAAGUUAGGUAUUUCAAGAUUUGGAAAAGGAUCAGAUUUAGGGUUUUCUUGUAGUUAAGUAGCCUUCAUCUAAAGGGGAUUUGAAGAAGUCAAAUGUAUGCAAAUAGGCUGUUCAAUAUGAAUCCUUAAUGAGUUUUUUCCUUGAAAAUGGGGGAAGUUGUACUGGGUAAAAAUGUAAAUCUUCUUUUCUUAUUUUGGAGAAGCCGGAGUUUUCAAGAUUUGGAUUAUUUGUUGUGUUAAGUCUCAAAUCUCCUAGUAUAGGAGAUGCCUUUGAUCAUCUCAUUACCUACUUUCUGACUUGCACACUAGAGAAAGAUGUUGGGUGUAUGGUAGGGCAUGGGGGUUGAGGUUUGGAUCAAUGAAGUAAUCGAGGAAGAGAAAAUGGAGUGCCUUGAACAAGAUAAGGCCUUGAACAAGGCAAGAAGGUGCACAAAGAAGACCUUGGUUUGUGCCUUGAACGAGGCAUAGAAGGGGGUGCACGAGAUAGUCACUGAAUAGCUGUGCUCGUUCGAGCGGCCUAUACAAGGGCCAAACAUGGGUUUUGUUUUGCGCUUUUCUUGGGGAGCAAGGAGUCCACUUGUCCUAAAUUUCUAGGGUUUAAUCCAUUGGAGGUCUAUAUUAAGGGACCAAAUCAACAUUGGGAAAGAUAGAGAGAAGGCUAAUACAAGGGAAAAAGGUUUGGGAAACCUAAGAGUCCAUUUGUAUUAAAUUAAGAGUGAUCUCUAUUAAAGGUUAAUGAAAUAUAAUCAACACUACUGAAGUGGGUACUUGAUCAGUUCAAUUCAAGGAGCAAGAAAAAUGGAAGGAGUGUACAAGGAGUUGGAUGAAUCAAAGACGGAGUUGGAGAAGCUGAAGGAAGAAUAUCGGAUCAAAACAGAACUUUCUGAAAGUUUGAGAAGUGCUCACACAGAACAAUUGGCAAAAAGUGAAGCAGCAAAGUUACAGAUUGAAAAGCUCACAGAGGAACUGAAUGAUAAAUCAGAAGAGUUAGCCGAAUUGGGGCAUCUUUAUGAAGAGGUAAAAUCCAAAUUGCAGGAUGCAGAAUCAUCUCUUAAGCAAGUCAGUUCUGUGAACGAGAAAAUUCGAUUUGAUGCAAGUGAAAAGGUGCAGAAAUUGGACCAGGAAAACAGAAAAUUGGUGUCGGAUUUAGAGGAAGUAACAGGAAGAAAUAAUAAUUUGGAGAGGAAGCUUUAUGCUUGCAAUAUAGAGAUUGAGGGUAUUAAAAAGCUUCUUUCUGAAUCACAAAGGAAGUGCUUAGAAGCGGAAGAAAAGGUCCGAGCAGGAAGGGAAUCGAAACAUAGAGAGGACGUGAUAUUGAAAUUGGAGGAGGAAAGCAUGAGCAUGCAGGAUCAGCUGAAAUGGAAGAAAGAACAGUUUUUACAUCUUGAAGAAGCGCACACUCGGCUUCAGAACAUGUUUCAGUCAAGCAAGAAGGAAUGGGCAUCCGAAAAAUCAGAUAUGUUGGAAGAGAUUACGACGUUGCAGUCUAAAUUGGAUUCUCAAAUUAGAAUCACUGAAAGUCUUGAAUCCCGGCUUAAGAUGUGCAAUCAAGCUCUCACACAUGAAGAAAGCCGAAGGAAAGCUUUGGAGGUUCAACUGUCAGAAUCAAAACAAUGCUUCGAUAAUGUUUUAGCCGAGUAUGAGGAAGCUAAAGCAAAGAUUGAAAGCCUCAGCAAUAAACGUGAUGAAGAUAUUGCGGAUUUGAGGAAUUCACUUGGGAUAAAAGAGAUACUGUUGAAGGAGAUGGAGUACAAGGCUACCCGCCUUGAGGAAGAUAACAAGGAGCUUCUUGAAUCGUUGAAAGAGCUACGAGAAUCUCAAAUCAACAAAAGAAAAGUGGAUCCUUCUGUGAACAAGCUUCGCAACAAGCUUAAAGACUUCGAACAGGUUCAUAGCAAGUGCUCAUUGGCUUUGAAGGAAAGAGAAGUUGAAUGGAACUUGAAAAUGGAGAAGCUGCGGGGAGAGAUGAAAUGUAAUGAAUCUGAUUUGAAGAGACAGAGUGAACAACUGGAACAACUGAAAGCGCAGUUGGAUUGUUGUCACUCUGUAAUGGAAGUUUCGGGUGUAGAGACCUCCAUACUGCUCUUAAUCAUGAAGUCUAUACUUUCUGACACACUAAAAAUGUACGGAAGAGAGGAGAAAGAUAUUGUUCACCAGUUGGAUAUGGGAGACUGCACUACAGCAGAAGCUCGAACUCUUUGUAUCGAGCAGUUGCAUGAGGAGAUUGCGGCGAUGGCACAAAAGCUGGAUUCAAUGACGUUAUUGGAGAGUGAACUUUUGCAGCAUAAGCAGAUGCUUAAAGGGUCAUCCGAUUGCCAUAUUCGCUUGAAAGAACAAAUUAGCCAGAUGGAAGUUUCGAUCAACAAUUUGUCAACUGCGCUAGAAAAAUCGAAUGCUGAAUUCGCAGCAAAGUUGAGAGAGGCUACAAAGACUCAGAUGGAACUGCAGAUAUGGAAAUCUAAAGCAGAAAGUUUUGGAACGUGCCUUGAACAAAGCCAGGAGGCCUGUCAAAACUUGGAGAAAACUGUUCUUGAACAGGUUGAGACAGAACAAGCUCUUAGAAUAGAGAACGGAUCUUAUCAAUGCAAAAUUAAAGAACAAGAGCAGAAAAUUGAGGAUCUUCAACACAAGACAAUUUCGCUCGAAAAAAACCUUUUAGAAAAAGCAGCCGUAACAAAGGCAAUGAGAAUAGAGUUGGAAGCGGCAAACAAGAAAGAAGAGUACUAUCUCAACACCCUAAAAGAAAAGGAUUCUAUAGUUGAAAACCUCGAGAAAGAGAUAGAGGCAAUAGAACAAUCCAUGAAACGAGAAUCAUCAGCAGCUGAAUCUGCUAGGCGAGAAGCACAGAUCAAGUUUCAACUUGAACAGGAAGAACUGUGUAAGACCAUCACGGCACAAAAGGAUGAGCAGAUAAGGUUUUCUCGGGAGUUGGCUUCAUCAUUAGAACAGGAGCUCUUGGAUUUGGGUCUCUCGUCCCUUUCACAAGGUCUAGAAAAUAUGAUUCAGAUUGUUGCACUCAAAGAUACUUUAGAGAACUACCAAUUGUGUGUGAAAGUAGAGGUGGAAAGUAAGAACAAUGCAACUGAUGUACUAACCGAAGAGGUUAGUAAUCUACAUCGAAGAAUGCAGCUUCAAGGAGAGUCUCUACUUCAUUCACAACGAUCAGUUAAAGAACUCGAAGUUCUGGCCGAGUCUAACAAGAUGGACACCGAAAAAUUGUUAAAUCAAUUAAAGGAAGACCGACAUAAAUUCAACGAACUGGUUAAAAGUCUUGAGCAAGAAAACGAGGUUGCGACAGAGAGCAUCAAAAGGUUGUCCUUUGAAAGAGACAAUCUGGUUGUUUAUCUAGAAGCGAUGAGUGAGCAAUUUGGUGGAUUAUGUGCUGAAGAUUUUAAGCUCGAGAAAAUGCUGUUGCAAAUGUUACAGAACUCUGACAAUGAUAACUUGUUCGCAUCAAAUGAAAGUUAUCACAAGGAUACGAAGAAGGAAAUUCUUAAAACAUGUGAUAGAUCACCAUUACGAGAGAUCAACCAUUGAUAGUCGUGUAAUACUUUUCUUUCGCAUCAUUUUUUCAAUGCCUUAGUUUAGGAUGUUGUUAGAAACCAGAUGUAUGAGUAAUUUUUUUAAAACUUGUAUAACGAAGCUGAUGAGAAUGUAACAGGUAAAUGGAUGUAUCCUUUCAAUCUACUUGAUGAAUUUCACACUUAAUUGGUUAUAUAGGUUAUGGACAUGCCUUAGUACCUCUAUG